AUGAAUCUAUCUGAUUCAGAAGGGAAGAACUUGUAUCAGUAUCUCAAUUUCAAUUCAAACAUGGGUUUGAUUCACACUCCAUGUUAUGAGAAAUAUUUACCAUCCGAAAAGAGGAAAAAACGGAGUCUUUGUCUAAAGAAAUGCGUUGAGAAAGGGCAGAUGUAUAGAACUUUUCAACGAGAUAGUGCUUAUUCAACUCUCUCAAAAUGGAAUCUAUUCCAAACAUAUAUGCCAUGGUUCCUUACUUCGACAGGGUACAGAUAUCUAAAGUUUUUCUUUUUAGAUACUUUUUCAGACCUAUUGCCGAUACUAAGUAGCAGUCAAAAAUUUGUAUCCAUUUUUCAUGAUAUUAUGCAUGGAUCAAAUAUAUCAUGGCGAAUUCUUCAGAAAAAAUUCUGUCUUCCACAAAGGAAUCUGAUAAGUGAGAUUUCGAGUAAGUGUUUGCAUAAUCUUCUUCUGUCCGAAGAAAUGAUUCAUCGAAAUAAUGAGUCACCAUUGAUAUCGACACAUCUGACAAAUGUUCGGGAGUUCCUCUAUGCAAUCCUUUUCCUUCUUCUUGUUGCUGCAUAUCUCGCUUGUACACGUCUUCUCUUUGUUUUCGGGGCCUCUAGUGAGUUACAGACAGAGUUCGAAAAGGUCAAAUCUUUGAUGAUUCCAUCAUCUAUGAUUGAGUUGCGAAAACUUCUGGAUAGGUAUCCUACAUCUGAACCGAAUUCUUUCUGGUUAAAGAAUCUCUUUCUAGUUGCUCUGAAACAAUUAGGAGAUUCUCUAGGUGGCAACAUGCUAUUGGGUGGUGGUCCCGCUUAUAGGGUCAAAUCAAUACGCUCUAAGAAGAAAUAUUUGAAUAUAAAUCUCAUCGAUAUCAUCGAUCUCAUAAGUAUCAUACCAAAUCCCAUCAAUCGAAUCACUUUUUCGAGAAAUACGAGACAUCUAAGUCAUACAAGUAAAGAGAUCUAUUCAUUGAUAAGAAAAAGAAAAAACGUGAACGGGGACUGGAUUGAUGAUAAAAUAGAAUCCUGGGUUGCAAACAGCGAUUCGAUUGAUGAUGAAAAAAGAGAAUUCUUGGUUCAGUUCUCCACCUUAACGACAGAAAAAAGGAUUGAUCAAAUUUUAUUGAGUCUGACUCAUAGUGAUCAUUUCUCAAAGAAUGACUCUGGUUAUCAAAUGAUUGAACAACCGGGAGCAAUUUACUUACGAUACUUAGUUGACAUUCAUAAAAAGUAUCUAAUGAAUUAUGAGUUCAAUACAUCCUCUUUAGCAGAAAGACGGAUAUUCCUUGCUCAUUAUCAGACAAUCACUUAUUCACAAACUUCGUGUGGGGCUAAUAGUUUGCAUUUCCCAUCUCAUGGAAAACCCUUUUCGCUCCGCUUAGCCUUAUCCCUCUCUAGGGGUACUUUAGUAAUAGGUUCUAUAGGAACUGGACGAUCUUAUUUGGUCAAAUACCUAGCGAAAAACUCCUAUCUUCCUUUCAUUACGGUAUUUCUGAACAAGUCCCUGGAUAACAAGUCUCAAGGUUUUGAUAAUAUUGAUGUUGAUGCUAGUGACGAUAGUGAUGCUAGUGACGAUAUUGAUGCUAGUGACGAUAUCCUUGAUAUGGAGCUGGAACUGCUAACUAGAAUGAAUGCGCUAACUAUGGCUAUGAUGCCUGAAGAUGAAGACCUACUUUAUAUCACCCUUCAAUUCGAAUUAGCAAAAGCAAUGUCUCCUUGCAUAAUAUGGAUUCCAAACAUUCAUGAUCUGGAUGUGAAUGAGUCGAAUUACUUGUCCCCAGGUCUAUUAGUGAACCUUCUCUCCAGGGAUUAUGAAACUAGAAAUAUUCUUGUUAUUGCUUCGACUCAUAUUCCCCAAAAAGUGGAUCCCGCUCUAAUAGCUCCGAAUAAAUUAAAUACGUGCAUUAAGAUACGAAGGCUUCUUAUUCCACAACAACGAAAGCACUUUUUCACUCUUUCAUAUACUAGGGGAUUUCACUUGGAAAAGAAAAUGUUCCAUACUAAUGGAUUCGGGUCCAUAACCAUGGGUUCCAAUGCACGAGAUCUUGUAGCACUUACCAAUGAGGCCCUAUCGAUUAGUAUUACACAGAAUAAAUCAAUUAUAGAUACUAAUACAAUUAGAUCCGCUCUUCAUAGACAAAUUUGGGAUUUGCGAUCCCAGGUAAGAUCGGUCCAGGAUCAUGGGAUCCUUUUCUAUAAGAUAGGAAGGGCUGUAGCACAAAAUGUACUUUUAAGUAAUUGCCCCAUAGAUCCUAUAUCUAUCUAUAUGAAAAAGAAAUCAUGUAACGAAGUGGAUUAUUAUUUGUACAAUUGGUACUUCGAACUUGGAACGAGCAUGAAGAAAUUAACGAUACUUCUUUAUCUUUUGAGUUGUUCUGCCGGAUCGGUCACUCAAGAUCUUUGGUCUCUACCCGGACCCGAUGAAAAAAAUGGGAUCACUCCUUAUGGACUCGUUGAGAAUGAUUAUGGUCUAGUUCGUGGCCUAUUAGAAGUGGAAGGCGCUCUGGUGGGAUCCUCACGGACAUGCAGUCAGUUUGAUAAGGAUCGAGUGACAUUGCUUCUUCGACCCGAACCAAGGAAUCCCUUAGAUAUGAUGCAAAAUGGAUCUUGUUCUAUCCUUGAUCAGAGAUUUCUCUAUGAAAAAGACUUCAAACUCUUCCCACUACUGUCAAAACUCUCGGAUCUCUUUCCCUGA